GACUGGGCAGUAUGCCGCGCUGAGGUGGUGGCGCCGGCCCUUGACCAAGUCAGCGGGCGAGCCUUGAAGCCCUGCUCUGCUGAGGACAGGAGGCAGGCGAGCCCCGGGAUCGCCAGAGCGCUGAGGAGGCGUGGGGGCCGGCGCCAUUCGACACCAUGGCCGAGCCCUUAAAGGAGGAAGAUGGCGAAGAUGGCUCUGGGGAGCCUCCCGGGCCGGUAAAGGCAGAACCCACCCACACCGCUGCCUCUGUCGCUGCCAAGAACCUGGCCCUGCUCAAAGCCCGCUCCUUCGAUGUAACCUUUGAUGUAGGGGACGAGUACGAGAUCAUUGAGACCAUAGGCAAUGGGGCCUAUGGGGUGGUGUCCUCUGCGCGCCGCCGCCUCACGGGCCAGCAGGUGGCCAUCAAGAAGAUCCCAAAUGCUUUUGAUGUGGUGACCAAUGCAAAACGGACCCUCAGGGAGCUGAAGAUCCUCAAACACUUCAAACAUGACAAUAUCAUUGCCAUAAAGGAUAUCCUGAGACCCACUGUGCCCUAUGGAGAGUUCAAAUCUGUCUAUGUGGUCUUGGACCUGAUGGAGAGCGACCUGCACCAGAUCAUCCAUUCCUCACAGCCGCUCACACUGGAGCAUGUCCGUUACUUCCUGUAUCAGCUGCUGCGGGGCCUCAAAUACAUGCACUCAGCUCAGGUCAUCCACCGUGACCUCAAGCCCUCUAACCUUCUGGUGAAUGAGAACUGUGAGCUCAAGAUUGGUGACUUUGGUAUGGCCCGUGGCCUGUGUACCUCCCCUGCUGAGCACCAGUACUUCAUGACUGAGUAUGUGGCUACUCGCUGGUACCGUGCCCCAGAGCUUAUGCUCUCCCUGCAUGAGUACACACAGGCUAUUGACCUGUGGUCUGUGGGCUGCAUCUUUGGUGAAAUGCUGGCCCGGCGCCAGCUCUUCCCAGGCAAAAACUAUGUGCAUCAGUUACAGCUGAUCAUGAUGGUGCUGGGUACCCCAUCGCCAGCUGUGAUUCAGGCUGUGGGGGCUGAAAGAGUGCGGGCCUAUAUCCAGAGCCUGCCGCCACGCCAGCCUGUUCCCUGGGAGACAGUGUACCCAGGUGCUGACCGCCAGGCCCUCUCACUGCUGGGCCGCAUGCUGCGAUUUGAACCCAGUGCCCGCAUCUCGGCAGCUGCUGCCCUUCGUCAUCCUUUCCUGGCCAAGUAUCAUGACCCUGAUGAUGAGCCUGAUUGUGCUCCACCCUUUGACUUUGCCUUUGACCGUGAAGCCCUUACCCGAGAGCGCAUUAAGGAGGCCAUUGUGGCUGAGAUCGAGGACUUCCAUGCACGGCGUGAGGGCAUCCGCCAGCAGAUCCGCUUCCAGCCUUCCCUGCAGCCUGUGGCUAGUGAGCCUGGCUGUCCAGAUGUUGAGAUGCCCAGUCCCUGGGCUCCCAGUGGGGACUGUGCCAUGGAGUCACCCCCCCCAGUCCUCCCACCGUGUACAGGUCCUGCACCUGACACCAUCGAUCUGACUCUUCAGCCCCCUCCACCAGCUAGUGAGCCUGCCCCACCCAAGAGAGAGGGUGCCAUCUCAGACAAUACCAAGGCAGCUCUCAAAGCCACUCUACUCAAGUCCUUGCGGAGCCGACUCAGAGAUGGCCCCAGUGUACCCCUGGAGGCUCCUGAGCCUCGGAAACCCGUGACAGCCCAGGAGCGCCAGCGAGAGCGGGAAGAGAAGCGUCGGAGGCGACAAGAGCGAGCCAAGGAGCGGGAAAAGCGGCGACAAGAGCGGGAACGCAAGGAGCGGGGCACUGGGACCUCGGGGGCCCCCUCCACUGAUCCCCUGGCUGGACUGGUGCUUAGUGACAAUGACCGAAGCCUGCUGGAGCGCUGGACUCGAAUGGCCCGGCCCCCUGCCCCGCCUCCAGCCCCAGCCCCAGCAGCAUCUCCAGCCCAGUCCACCAGCCCCCCUGCUGCCCCUGUAGCCCAGCCCGCUGGUCCCCCGCCACAACUUGCAAGCUCCACUCCUACUCCUGCACCCCAGCCUGCUUGCUCACCCCCUGCUCCCCACCCUGCCGGCCCUCCUGGACCCAUCUCUGUCCCUGCAUCACUCCAGACUGCCACAUCCACUAACCUUUUGCAUCCCCCAUCGCUUGUGCCAGCCUCUGGGUUGCCUGGCCCCAGCACCAUAGUUCUGCCUUAUUUCCCAUCUGGUCCACUCCCUCCAGACCCUGGGGGCCCUCCUCAGCCUUCUACAUCAGAAUCACCUGAUGUCAACCUGGUGACCCAGCAGUUGUCUAAGUCACAGGUGGAAGACCCCCUGCCCCCUGUGUUCUCAGGCACACCAAAGGGCAGUGGGGCUGGCUACGGUGUUGGCUUUGACCUGGAGGAAUUUCUAAACCAGUCUUUUGACAUGGGUGUGGCUGACGGGCCGCAGGAUGGCCAGGCAGACUCGGCCUCACUCUCAGCCUCCCUACUUGCCGACUGGCUUGAAGGCCAUGGCAUGAACCCCGCCGACAUUGAGUCUCUGCAGCGUGAGAUCCAGCUGGAUUCCCCGAUGCUGCUGUCUGACCUGCCUGACCUCCAAGAGCCCUGAGGACCACAGCCGGUGCCUUGCUGCCAGGGCAGACACAGCCCCAAGACCCAUGGGAGCAUUCCUGGGUUCUGGCCCCUGGGCCCGUCAGGUGAGGCUCAGCUUGGACUAUUCUGCAGGUUCAUCUCAGACCCACCCUUCAGCCUUAAGCAGCCAUCUGAGCCACUGCCGAGCCAUGUUGGGUUUGAGACCCUGACUCCCUCUGAACAAUCCUUUUCAGUAUUAUAUUUUUAUUAUUAUUGUAAUAUUAUUAUGCAGUCUUUUUGCCAUCAGAAUGAAGCCUGUGAAAUACAAGGUUCACUU